GAAUUGCUGUAGUACGAAUCUGUUCUGUGCGUUUCUUGAUUGCCGGGGGUAAAAGCCCUAGAAGCCUUGGAAAUGUCUGCGACAGGCGGCGGCGGCAGCGGCGGCGGCCAGGAGGAGGACAAGAAGCCGAACGAGCAAUCGGCGCACAUUAACCUGAAGGUGAAAGGCCAGGAUGGGAAUGAAGUGUUCUUUAGGAUCAAGCGGAGCACCCAGCUGCGGAAGCUUAUGACUGCUUACUGUGACAGACAAUCUGUGGAUUUCAACUCCAUUGCCUUCUUGUUCGAUGGGCGUCGUCUCCGAGGAGAGCAAACACCUGACGAGCUGGAGAUGGAAGAUGGGGAUGAAAUUGACGCAAUGCUGCAUCAGACUGGAGGUGGGCGUUUCUAGAUGCUAAAUGGUCUAUGCAUUUGUGCAAGGGACAAGGAGGGCAGGAGCGCGCUUUCUGUUUUUUGAAACUUUCUAGUCUUUGGAUAUACCAUGUAAAGAAAAAUGGAUCUGAAUUAAACUGAAAAAUGAACCUGUACCCCCCCCCCCCCCCCCCCCCCCCGGGUUAGUUUUUGUCUUUGCUAUGGUGUCUGAGGUGGUGAUGCUUAAUUAAUGCUAUUUGAAUGUUUGGAAUCUA